CGGCCCGAGGGCAUCAGGCGGCGGCGGAUUAGCUCAGGUUUACAUCACCCGGGCCGGGGCCGCCAGACACUCGUGCGGAAAGCCGCGGCCGCUCCGAGCGCACGCGUCCUCUGCUGGAGGCCCGUGUCGGAGCGGUACCGGGAUCCCUGUUCGCCGGCGGGAGCCAGGACCAGGGCGGGACGCCAGGAUGCCAGCCUCCCCAGCGGCAGCCUCCGAGGGUCCCCCCUCCCAGAAGAAGCAGAAGCGUUUGGAGCUGGACAAUGACUUAGACACCAAGUGUCCCAUCCGAAAACGAGCUCGAAGUGGACCCCCGUCUGGGCCAUCUCCGUGCCUGCUGCCCCUGAGCCCUGACCCUGCACCUGCUGUGGCCCCUGCCUCCCGGAUUGGGCCCUAUGUCCUCCUGGAGCCCAAGGAGGGUGGGCGGGCCUACCGGGCCCUGCACCAGCCCACAGGUGUGGAGUACACCUGCAAGGUGUACCCGGCUUCCCAGGCUCAGGCCGUGCUGGAGCCCUACACACGGCUACCCCGCCACCAGCACGUGGCCUGGCCCACUGAGGUCCUGGCGGACACCCAGCACCUCUACGCCUUUUUCACUCGGACCCACGGGGACAUGCACAGCCUGGUGCGCAGCCGCCGCCGUGUCCCUGAGCCGGAGGCCGCAGCGCUCUUCCGCCAGAUGGCCGCGGCCCUGGCACACUGCCACCAGCAUGGGCUGGUCUUGCGUGACCUCAAGCUGCGGCGCUUCGUCUUCACCGAUGGCCAGAGGACGAAGCUGGUGCUGGAGGACCUGGAGGACGCGCACGUGCUGACCGGGCCCGACGACUUGCUGUGGGACAAGCACGCGUGCCCAGCCUACGUGGGCCCCGAGAUCCUCAGCUCACAAGAGUCCUACUCGGGCAAGGCGGCUGAUGUGUGGAGCCUGGGCGUGGCACUCUUCACCAUGCUGGCUGGCCACUACCCCUUCCAGGACUCGGCCCCUGCCCUGCUCUUCGGCAAGAUCCGCCGGGGGGCCUUUGCCCUGCCCCAGGGCCUCUCGGCUCCCGCCCGCUGCCUGGUCCGAUGCCUCCUUCGCCGGGAGCCGGUUGAGCGGCUCACCGCCACUGGCAUCCUGCUGCACCCCUGGCUGAGGGGGCACCCGGUCCCCUCUGCCCCGGCCCGACCCCAUCUCUGGGAGGCUGACCAGGUAGUCCCUGAUGGGCCAGGUCUGGAGGAGGCUGAGGAGGAGGGGGAAGGGGGGGCAGGUCUAUAUGGCUAGGGCCGCCUUCCUGGACCCUUAGCUGCAAACCGUGGAUUGAGUUUGGGGGGAGUCUCCAAGCUUUUCCCUGUCUCUUUGGACUGAGGCAAACCUUAAGUGCCUUUUAGGUGGGGGGAGGUGUGCUGUGUGCACAUCCAUGUGACCUGGAUGCUCAGGGAGCUGGCCCUGUCCCAGGGGCUGGGGACAGAGCCAUGAGCGAGGGACACAGAACUCCCCACUCACAGCUGCUGAGCUGACAACAGGUCCUGUUGCCCUUGGGACCGUCCCCUUUACAAACCACCCUGCUGCCUUUGAACUUGCACCUUUCAGAGAAAGGGAAGCCUCUCUGUGCCAAAGGCUCCAGGCCUCUCGCCUGCAACUCAGGGAGAUGCGCUCCCAGCCGCUGCAGCCUCUUGUUGAGGGGCUGCUCCUUCUGGGCCUGAGCCCAGCCCUCGUGAGGCCGGUUCUCAUCUAACUCAAGCUGUGGCUGGAGGUGAGGGCUCAGGCCUCUCUGCCCUGGUCGCCCCUGACCUCAGCACCAAGGCUGGGGGGACAGGAUUAGGUGGGGCCUGUCCCACAGUCACCUGCAACGUCCCAGGCCCUGUGCUGGGGAUGCAUGGGGUCCAGGACCCAGCCAGUGCUCUGGGUUUGGACACCAUGAGUGUGUAUUUUUACUCUGUGCCUGGUAAAGGAGACUGUGCACUACUUCUGUGUCUGUGAGACUUCUCUAUCUUCCUCCCACCUCUUACUGGUUUUCCCUGCCUUCAAAACUGGCCCUCAGGGCUGGUAUUGGGACACGGUUGGUUAAGCCACAGCCUGCAAUGCCAGCAUCCCAUAUGGGAACUGGUUCAAGUCCUGGCUGUUCCACUUGAGAUCCAGCUCACCGAGAAAGCAGCAGCAGAUGGCCCAAGUGCUUGGGUCCCUGCCACCCACGUGGGAGACCCAGAGGCAGUUCCGGGCUCGUGGCUUCAGCCUGGACCAAUCCUGGCUGUUGCAGCCACCUGGGAAAGGAAGAUCCCUGUGUCACUCUGGCUGUUGAAUAAAAUAAAUCUUAAACAAAAACGGCCCCGGUGAAAGGCGAGCGGCCUGGGUCAUGUCUACACCACAGCUGAGGGCUUUGGAGAACGGAUUCCUGCAGCCCAGUCUUCUUCCUGUACUCUCUCACCUCCUUCCCAAGGCAGUGAUGGCUCAGUGGCCGUGUUUUUUCUGAGUAAAGAGGCUUAACCAAGAAAGCAAGCUGUUUCACGGAGCAGGAAGUCAGCAGAUGGUGUGGACUUCAGGGCUGGUCUGUUCGGCACUCAGAACUGCCGAGCCCCAGGCUCCUCCUGUGUCUGCUCUGUCGUCUCUGGCGACGGCUGGGGCAGUGGCUGCUGUGGUUGCCAGGGUCACGUUAGAGAGACUCCUGCCCAGAGGAAGAGGGGCGGCGACUUUGCACUGCUUGAGAACUUGUGCCCUGGAGUCAGGCUGCCCGGAUCCGAGUCCUGGCUCCAGCACUCACCAGCUGUCUGACCCUUGGCAAGCUUCUUUUUUAACAAAUUUGAAAUUUACUUUAUUCGAAAGGCAGAGGGACAGAAAUCUUCCGUCUGUUGAUUCACUCUCCAAAUGUCUGCAACAGCCAGGAGCCCAGAACUCGAUCCAGUUCUCCCACAUGGGUGGCCAGAUCCCAACCACUGAAGCCACCUGCUGCCUCCCAGGAAGGAAGCCAGGGACUCAGUGGCUCCAACCAGUGGCUUAGCUGCUGCACCGCCGCCUGCCUUGAGGAGGGAGCCUCUGACAAGGCUGCUCAGAUGCCAUGUGAACACUGCCCGCCUAGAAACGUAAAAUCCACUUUCCCCUUAGCCAGGGCUGGGUGGAGCCACACCCCUGCCCCAGUUAGUGAGGGCUUUCCGCUUCCAUUGGUGUUCUCGGAGUCAGCCUGGUCUAAGAGUUUUACACCCUCUCACUGGGAGGGAGGGAAAUUCAACUGAGGAUUCCCUCUGCUUCUGGGAGGUAAACAGGAUCCACGUGGCCUGUCCCGCCCCUCAUCACUUAGCAAUUCAGCAACCAUCACUGAAUGCCUGCUGGAGGGGGGGCACCAGCAAGGCACCCACGCAGAGCCCUCCAUGGGCGCUGCCAAUCACACCUGCUGUUAGUUCCAAUGGUGUGCAGGCUGAAGUGUCGGGGAGGUGGGGCUCACUCCCCGCCCACCUGCUCCCUACUGCAGCCAUCUGGAGGCUCCAGUUCCCAGCUAAAGGUAGAUGUGGACCACCAGAUCCACGUGGAGCAGGGGCGAGCUUCCCGUGCUAAGUUUCUGAGAUGUGGAGUUUGUCGGUGUUCAUUACAGGACCAAGGAAAAUCUGCCACAGUGAAGGGAGGAGAAAUCCUGCCCCUGGUGGAAAAGCUGUGUCAGGUGUGGCAAAACCAACCCCCGAACUUGCUAGUUUACGAUUAUUGGGGGCAGCAGGCGGGUGG